AUCCCUUAUCUCCUUCAUCCCCUCCAAUCCUCAUCUGUUCUUCUCUGUGGAGGAAGGGCAGGAGAAAGAGAGAGUUUUUUUGCAGGUAAAGCUUGAUCAGCAGUCUGCAUUGGGAAGAGUAUCAGAGGAGCCAGCGAAUCGGCUGUGCCACCCAGGACUGUGGAAUCUAAAGGAACUCAUUGGGGACCACAGAGCCAGUGGUGACUGGGACCAGGAGCUUCCCAGUUGUAGAAGACAAGGUCCUAACUGUGAGUGAUAAAGAGGGAGUCCUUCAUUUUCCAUCAAUAACAUCCUCCAGCGACUGUCAUCAUGGCAGCUGAGAAAGCUGAAAUGGACGCUCUGAAAAAAGAGUGUGACGGCCUUCGUUCUCAAAUUGAGGCGGCGCGUAAGGCCGUGAACGACACCACCAUGUCAGCAGCAGCCAAUGGCGUGGCCCCUGUGGGCCGGGUUCAGCUGAAGCUCAGGAAGAACCUCAAGGGCCACCUGGCCAAGAUCUAUGCCAUGCACUGGUCAGCAGAUUCAAGGCAAAUGGUCAGUGCAUCACAGGAUGGCAAGCUUCUCGUCUGGGACACCCACACUGGGAACAAGCUGGUCGCUGUCCCUCUGAAGUCUGCUUGGGUUAUGAGUGUCGCCUUUGCUCCUUCUGGUAACCUGGUGGCCAGCGGUGGUCUGGACAACAUCUGCACAGUCUACAACAUCAAAGCUGCCAGCCCCAAGACCCUCAGGGAGCUGGAUGCACACACAGGUUACUUGUCCUGCUGCCGUUUCCUUAGUGAUUCUGAGAUCUUGACAGCCUCUGGUGACACCACCUGUGUUCUGUGGGACUUGGAGACGGGCAAGCAGAAAGUGGUCUACACCAACCACAUUGGGGACUGCAUGUCACUGGCCCUCUCCCCUGACAUGAACACCUUCAUCUCAGGAGCCUGUGACUCUCUGGCCAAGCUGUGGGACCUGAGGGAAGGAACCUGCAAGCAGACCUUCUCAGGGCACACCAGCGACAUCAACGCCAUUUCUUUCUUUCCCAGUGGAAAUGCCAUCAUCACAGGCUCUGAUGAUUGCUCCUGCAAGAUGUAUGACCUGCGUUCCGACCAGGAGGUGAUGGACUACACAGACGCCAGCCUUAACGCCGGCGUCACAUCUUUGGCCCUGUCCAGCUCUGGCCGCCUUAUCUUUGCAGGCUAUGACGACUUCAACUGCCACAUUUGGGACUCACUGAAGGGAGAGAAAGUCGGUGUGCUCUCUGGCCAUGACAACAGGGUGAGCUGCACUGGCGUCCCAGAAGAUGGACUGGGCGUCUGCACAGGAUCCUGGGACAGCUUCCUCAAACUGUGGAACUGAGGCGUUUUCAGUGGGAAGAAAACAGCUCAGGAAGAAAAGAGGAGGAGCAUUAAUGAGGAGGGAAUAAGAGAAGGAAGGAUGCAUGAAUAAAUAAGGCCUCCUCCUCCUCCGAUCUUCCUCUCUUCUUCCUUAAUGAUGUAUACUAAACAAGAGCGGUGGCUAAUGAGCUUCAUUGUAUAAAUGGCAUCAGGGAAACGGCGUACGAUGCAUCCUGCUGUGUGUACAGAACAACUUCACUGUUGUCAAUUUCAAUAACAAAGUACAUUUUUUUUAAAUAGCUCAUUAAUCUAAAUGUCUAAAGAGCAAGAAAAGGGGCUCUGAUUCAGAAAUACAUAGAGGUUUUCAACAAAAGACAGAGAACGAGAGCAUAAGCACUAAAAAAAAAAGUUAUAGAAUAACAGAUUUAACUUUUGUUCCUCAGAUCAUUAAACUGUAAAAGAGCCUUGAAUUCACAUAGAUAAAAACCGAUGUAAAAAUUCAUUUGUAGGUGAUAGUGUAAAAGCUAGAAUGAAGUUUAUUUACUCUGUUAUUUUUAUCUAUUUAUCUUUUUGUCGGGUCAAAUACACACAGAGAUUAUAAAUAUAUUAUAUUGCUGGGUGGGGUCAACCCAUGUGGACGCAAAACAAGGAAGGUUUCCGUUUGAAUGUGAUCUGACUGACUGAGCUGCCAGGCAGCACAUUUUUAAGAGUAAUAGGCUUUUGUUAAAAAAUUCAAUGUAGCUGUUGGAUCAAAACAUCUGAUUUAAUUCUUAGAGAUGUAGUCAGACAUUUUAUUAGCAAAUCUGGUAUUUUUAAGAUUAAAAUACAUAGAAAAAUACAAAUAACAUGACUACAAAAUAGCAAACUCAUGCAGGAGAACAUCUAAAAUACAAAGUUAUGGAACAAAUCCUUACAGCGAGAACUGUAUAUAUGUUAGGGCAUGUUAAAGAACUUUCACUGGCAAUAUCUACUGUUAAAUACACUUAAGUUGGAGUUGGAAAACUUCAUAAGAAUACUAUCUAAUUAAAAGAAGGAAGUACUGUACAGUAAAAGUACUCUUAAAUGUUUUUUUUUUUUUUAUGUUGCUCAUGUAAAUGUAACUAGAAAGUUCAUUUUAUCCCUGACAGCUCAGAUUCAUUCUAUAGUUCUUGUACAAGUUUGCAACUUUUAUGUAAAAAAGGCAAAAUGUUUCUGGAAAAUCUUUCUAAUAAAUAGCUGCAUUAAAUUGA